AUGGCCGAUGAUGGAAAAACCGAUCCUCACUCUCCCUAUUAUCUUGGGUCCAUGGAUCAACCUGGAAAUAUGAUCACUCAUGUGAUCCUCUCUAAUGACAAUUAUAUUGCAUGGGCACGUGCAAUUAAGUUGUCCUUGAAAGCUCGCCGAAAGUUUGUAUUUGUUGAUGGGACUAUCACAAAACCGGUGGAGAAGAAAAAGCAACUCGAUUGGGAAACUGUUAAUUCUAUGCUUGUCUCAUGGAUCACGCGGACUCUUGAUCCAAAAUUGGCGGCCUCCAUUCCUUUUCAUGAUGAAGCCAAACGUCUUUGGGAUUAUCUUGAGAAGCAUUUUUGCGUGGCCAAUGAUCGUCUCAAGCCUCUUCAUGCAUGUGAGUGUGGGCAUUGCACUUGUGAUGUUGCUGGUCGAUUCGUUGCUGAUAGGGAGGAAGAAAAACUUCAUCAAUUUCUCAUUGGUAUCGAUGAUGAGUUAUAUGCCACGGUCUGUUCAAAUUUAUUAUCCACUUCUCCUCCACCGGAUCUGGAUUGUGUUUAUCAAGCAUGUCUUCAGGAGGAACGUUCUAGGGGUAUUGCUCAUGUUAAAGCUGAUAAAGAAGACAUUCAUGCAUUUGCACUCCAAACCGCUCGGCCUAAAGAUAGAAACCAUGGAGCCAAGGGGACUACACGGUCCAAUGUCGCGCCACCACCAGUAGCCCCACCGGCUGCCCCACGUGGACGUCCCAAAUUGGUGGCUACCAAUGUCGUGGCUGCCCCUCAUGUCGCUACUGGUGGCACCGACCCUCCAGGGUCUUCCCGUGGCACUUCUUUGGAUGAUUUGAAACCGGAGCAGAUGAUGGGUGAGUCUUCUUCUUUAUCCUGGAUUAUUGAUAAUGGUGCUUCUCACCACAUUACUGGCACUGAAUCCUGUUUGAUCGGUGUUCAUAAUAUUGCGCCAUGCUCUGUUGGGUUACCUGAUGGCGUACAUGCAGUUGCUACUAAGGCUGGUCGUGUUUUGUUGGCUGAUGGGUUGAUACUUGAGCAUGACCUACGCUCGGGGAGUCUGAUUGGAGCCGGUGAACGUAAGGAUGGACUCUAUUACUUUCAGCGGAUUCCUACAGUGUGUGUGGUAACAGUUCCAAAGAUUUCAGAUUUUGAGUUGUGGCAUCGUCGUCUGGGGCAUCCGUCUGAUAGAUUCAUCAAGUUAGUUCCUGCUAUUUCUUUCAGUACUUCCAGAAAUAAAUUGAAUAAAGCAUGUGAUGUUUGUCCUCAAGCAAAACAAAAACGUGGUAGUUUUCCUUGUGAAACAAAUGUCAAAAUAGUACGGAGUGAUAAUGGUACGGAGUUUAAAUGUAUGUUGGAUUACUUUGAUGCUAAUGGAAUUAUUUUUCAAACAUCUUGUGUUGGGACUCCUCAACAAAAUGGUUGUGUGGAACACAAACAUCAACAUAUUCUUAAUGUGGGUCGUGCUUUGAUGUUUCAACGCAAUCUUCCUAUUACUUGGAGAAUGUGUGCUUGGUGUCGUGCACCUGAUUUUUAUGAACUUAAAGUUUUUGGUUGUUUAGCUUUUGCCUACAACCAAAAGGCCAAAGAUGUGAAGUUUCAUGAAAAUGAAUUUCCUUAUGCGACUGUUAUUGCUUCUUCCUCGUCGCCACCUGAUUCUCAUGUGGGGAUUGAUGUUGAUUUUUUGGAUGACUUGGAGUCUGUUUUGAUUGAUGAACAAGCAACCCCUGCGAUUGGGCAUGAUUCUGUGAUUGAUCCCACUCUGCCUCCUGCGAUUGUGCCUCCACAUCUUCCACAUAUGUCUUGGGCUGCAGAUUGCGAGACAAGCGUCCCUCUGUUCUUCUUCGUGAUUUUGUUACCCACACUGUACAAUCUUCGAGUUCUUCUGCGUGUUCAUCGCCUUCUCCCAGCUCCUCAUUUUUCUCCACGACACCGAGUUUUUCUUGCAGCCAUCACUACAUGCAUUGAACCUCGUUCUUUUAAAGAAGCUAUGCAAGAUGAAGGUUGGCAUGAGGCUAUGCAAAAAGAGAUUGCUGCUUUAGAAGCUAAUGGAACCUGGGAAAUGACAGUCUUACCUCCACAUAAAAAGGCUCUUGGUUCUAAAUGGGUAUACAAAAUCAAAUAUCAUGCUGAUGGGCAGGUUGAGUGUCUUAAGGCUCGACUCAUUGUUUUUGGCAAUCGUCAGCUUGAGGGGGUUGAUUAUAAUGAAACUUUUGCUCCUGUAGCAAAAAUGGUCACUGUUCGUACCUCUUAG